AAAGUGACAGGACAGCUAGAGCAGAGAUCGGGACUUCAUGGGAGGGAGGGUCUGAGUGUGCUGGUUGCUGUGGCAAAGCGGAGAGGGUUAACUGACGUCUAAACACAGUAUCUAUGAUGGCAGCAGGUGGGCGUAAGUGCUCUGAAGGCUUUCAUUCUGCAUCCCAGUCCCACUUGGACUGGUAGGAGUUACUGGGUAUCAUUCUUAAAUUUCUGGUUUCCUACAAGUUUCUUUCCUAGUUAAGAUUUCUUCUGCAGGACACUCCUUUGAACCUUAGAGCUCAGAGACAACUGGAAGUAAACGUCUCCACUCUGCGAACUUCAUUUUGGGCAUAAAUUCCAGGUUGGCCAUAUGUGUCAUUGUCUCAGCAGAUGGCACCACCCAGUCCAAGCAACAGUACCCCUAACAGCAGCAGUGGGAGCAAUGGAAAUGACCAGCUGAGCAAAACCAACCUCUACAUCCGGGGAUUGCAACCAGGCACUACUGACCAGGACCUUGUCAAGCUGUGUCAGUCAUAUGGCAAGAUCGUCUCCACUAAGGCCAUACUGGACAAGACCACAAACAAAUGCAAAGGCUACGGCUUUGUGGACUUCGACAGUCCCGCGGCUGCCCAGAAGGCCGUGACAGCACUGAAGGCCAGUGGUGUGCAGGCACAGAUGGCGAAGCAACAGGAGCAGGACCCCACAAAUCUAUACAUAUCAAACCUUCCACUGUCAAUGGAUGAGCAAGAACUGGAGGGAAUGCUGAAGCCCUUUGGCCAAGUCAUCUCCACUCGAAUCCUUCGGGACACCAGCGGAACCAGCAGAGGGGUUGGCUUUGCAAGGAUGGAGUCCACAGAGAAGUGUGAAGCCAUCAUCACCCACUUUAAUGGAAAAUAUAUUAAGACACCCCCUGGAGUACCAGCCCCAUCUGACCCAUUGCUUUGCAAAUUUGCUGAUGGUGGUCCUAAGAAACGACAGAACCAAGGAAAAUUUGUGCAAAAUGGACGGGCCUGGCCAAGGAAUGGAGACAUGGGUGGUAUGGCCUUGACCUAUGACCCCACUGCAGCUCUUCAGAAUGGGUUUUACCCAGCUCCUUACAAUGUCGCCCCCAACAGGAUGCUCGCUCAGUCUGCACUCUCCCCGUAUCUUCCGUCUCCUGUGUCUUCGUAUCAGAGAGUAACUCAGACAUCUCCUCUACAAGUCCCUAACCCAUCUUGGAUGCACCACCAGUCAUACCUCAUGCAGCCUUCAGGUUCAGUUCUGACGCCAGGGAUGGAUCACCCCAUUUCUCUCCAGCCUGCCUCCAUGAUGGGACCUCUUACCCAGCAACUGGGCCACCUCUCCCUCAGCACCGCGGGCACGUACUUGCCAACGGCUGCAGCUCUGCAGGGAGCUUACAUCUCCCAGUACACCCCUGUGCCUUCUUCCAGUGUUUCAGUUGAGGAGAACAGUGGCCAGCAAAAUCAAGUGACCGUGGAUGCUCCCUCAGACCAUGGGGUCUAUUCUUUCCAGUUCAACAAGUAACAGUGGGCCGGGCAAGGAAGAAGGUAGAACACUAAUCACGCAGUGGAAGUGGUUUUUCUUCCUUCUCUCCUGCCACGUCCUGUGAGAAAAGGCAAGACUUUGUCUUCAGGAAGCAGAGAUGUGGCCUAGGCCCACUAAAGAGACAACCCCACAGCCCUUGGAAGUCAUGCUUGAGCCAAAUGUGGAUGAAGACUAGGUCUUCCCUUGCAAGUUCCAGAAGGGUGGACUUAACUGACUUCUAAUUCUUCUCACUGCCAAGGUCAACACUCCCUGAGGAAGUGUCUUCUCUAGCUACAACUUUUCAAAAAUACCUGCUUUCCUGAUUCCUAGAGGAUCUUCUUACCUGCUCCACGUCUGGGGGCCCCUCCCUUCCCCAUCACACCGCUGUGCUGGGAGCCUUUGAAGUUGUUCACCUUGCUGAGCCCACUCAGGCUCCUUUCCCACUGUGGAAGAUCAGUUACUUCACUUCUAGACUCAUGGUUCUCAAGGAGAUGGUUUUGUCCCCUAGAGGCCAUUUGGCAUUGUCACGCCUGGGGGUGGAGGCUGUGAGCUACUGGUGUGUAGCGGCUAGAGAUCAGGGAUGCUGCUGAACAUCCUGCAGGGCACAGGGUCCCCAGCACCACCAACAAAGAAUUAUCUGGCUCAAAAUGUCAGUAGUGCCAAGGUCAAGAAACCUUGAUGGAGAUAGUGCUGUCCCUGCCUCCUGGUCAGAGGAUCUGGUGAAUUCCUAUUCCAACCCUGGACACACUGCACCUUUUGAGACUAGUUGAAAGUGACAAAAAUGGAGUCCUUGAAGUUUCCUCUGGCUUUGACCUUUGACACCUCUGUAUACCCUUGAAAGGCUCGUGCUGUUAAAUGCACACACAUCCAGAAGAAUCAAGGUGGGGACUGUUGGGUGUGAGUGCUAUGCAGGUGUGGGCAGGGCAAAGCUCUCCGUAACUGUCCGGGGCAGCCUGUCCUGCCUUGGUGUGUUUGGGCCCCUUUGCCAGGGAACCAAUAAUUUUCCUUCUUGUGGAAAGACAGUGGAGCUAGGAUAGAAAAGGGCAAUAAAUCCCAUCACAUUAUUUACAGUAUCAGGAGUGCUAUUAAAAAAAAAAAAAAGAGUCUAUAUUUUCUCUUCAACUCAUCUCCUUCUCCAAGUCCUCACUCUAUGCACAUGGAGACAGAGAAGAGAAACCCUUUGCCCAUCUUUUAGGAAAUGAGAUUCUUCACCUGUCUUCUCCCAGGUCCUCCCUUAUACACGGAGAGGAGAGUCCUACUCCCCCUCACUUCAACGUCAGGUGCCUUUCCACCAGACAGUCAGACUGGAGAAACGUGUUCAUCGGCUGGCUGUCAGGAGCGGAAGGCUAUGACGCUGGGGGAGAGGAAGCUGAUCAGUUGUUAUACAGAGAGGUUGGCCCCAGCUUUCCCUCCCCUCCCACCCAUGCCAGAAUCAAGAUUCCAAAUGUUCCCUGUCCUUAGGCUGUCCUUUUGUACAUCCUGGGGGUGAGCGAGUAGGGGGAAAUGGGUAGGAUAUAAAGAACAAAACUGCCACUAUUCAUUUUCUCAUGGGCACUUCCGUCCUCAGGGAGGUCUCAUCCAACAUAAAACAGACCCAAGCUCACAAUAACCUAGAACAGUUUAGCUGGGCAGGUAGCUCAUUUCCUACUUAAGGACAGUAUGUUGUAGAUUUGUCAGUGGCCUUGAGGAAAAAAACAAAUCUAGAAUCCUGUUCAUUUGACAGCAGCUUGGAGGAGCCUUACUGUGUGAGGCGAAGUGCAGUGGGGACCUUCCACACGUGGACACUGCUGAUGUCACUGCUGCCUGCUCUGCCUCCCAGGACUCCUGAUUCUGUCUCUGUAUUUGAAGAAAUGUUUAAAUUUCCAUGACUUCACUUUGUUAAAUUCUGAAAUUACCUAUUGUGUGUUCUCACGUGAAUCUACUUAAUGAAUUGUUACGUUUCUGGCUUAGGCAGGGUUGGCUGGGCAUGGGAAGUGAUGGGGAGUGUGAAGUCAUUUUAGUAGUGAUUAAUGGCACUGUGGAACAUCUUUUUUUGGUGUUUUGGGGUUACACUCAUAUUUUUGCCUGGUUGUAAGUUCAUUUCUAACAAUUCAAACACGAGUGAGUGAUUGGAUAAAGGGGAUGGAAGGACUGAGGGAUACUGUUUCUCUCAUGAAAUAGCCUCAUGGUGGUAGGAUUGUAGGGGAGCCUUCAACCUCAGCCUAGGGUUGGGCUCUUUAAACAUUACUGCCUAGUGCCUUCUCAAUUGCCUUUACGGAGCCCAGAUGAUAGUUUCUCUUCACGUCAUCUCAUUCCCACCCAUUACAUAUGCUCCUGACAUUCUUAAAAUAUUCUGAUACUUUGUAUUUUUGUUUUCGGUCAAAUAGAAAUACUCAAACACCUUCCUCAAAUGUUAGUCCUUAACUAGGCUGCCAGCCUGCCUGACCCACCCCAUGCCAGUGUUACUCCUGUUCCUCUCGCGCUGAGAUGAUGUGGACGCUAGGCUGACUAGACUUUUUGCAGAGUAUGGGUAGAGAUUAGAGAAGAUUUGGGAAUGAUGGUGGGGAAAAAUGUUAUUUUUUAACCAAAGAAUUUGAAGGUCUGCUCAGAUUGGAAGCCUGGUGGCUCUGAAGCAGUGGCCCUUGUGAUAAGGGUGGUAGGAAGACAUUAACUUGUACUUAGUGUGAAAACUACAAUAGGUUUUGCUAUGCUGCAGACCAUCCCUGGGCUGAGCCACUUCUGCCCAGUUUCAUUUCCCCCCAACUUACAGAGCAGUGAGGUCAUUCACUGGCUUGGUACCUGCAGUGCUCACUCCCUGUGGCUUCAGUGCCAACUCUUCAGGGGCUGACAUGUGGGUUAGCACUUUGCAGCACAAAGGUGCUGUGAGAGGCCUUGCUGGAAUGCAAUUUAUUCCUGGACAGAAAUCUUGUUGUAGGGGGGUGGUCUGGGACGGGGGGAAAUUCCACUGCUGCUCUUGCACAUGUGUUUCACCUUCUGGAAGAGCAGCAGCAUUGCAACUCGAGGCUACUUGACCUUAUCAAAGGACAAUAAACAGGGAUGGGUAAUCAGGUCUAAACUUGUCCCCAGGCUUUGAUACAUUAGCUUCAGAGAAAAGGGUGGGUUUUAUGAAAGCCAAUCUGUAAGGGCUAGGACCUGUAUCUUGUGCCUUGUCAUACCGAUUCUUCCCAAUUUCCACUUAAGCCAACUACUCUAUUUCUGUGCUUACCUGCAUUUUAGGUCCUUCCAGGUAUUAGCAGAUCCCUAAUAUUCACUCAGCUUUCACCCCUUCCUUUCAUAGGAGGAACUAGGGCAUAAGCACCUGGUUUACAUCUUUCCUUUAUGACUUUCAUGAGGGUUAGAAAGCUGGGGGCUGGAAAGAUUCAUGAUCAAGUGCAAAAGCUCUUUUGGUUGUUUCUGGUUACCCCAGAAUAGUGUGAACUCUUUCAUUAGGCCUUGCUGUGGUAGGCCAGGGGAUAAACCGUGGCCUAUCCCAGCCUGGCCUAAGAUAUUAACUAAUGCUUAGAGAAGUCACCCCCAGGAACACCAACAAUGGAGCAGACCUCAGAACUUAAGAGGAUGAAUUGGCCAGUAGCUGCCACGUAGCUGAGAAGGUAAGCAAGCACCAAAGAGGGCAUUUGUGAUUUUCAUAGGCUGGAAGUAGAUGUUCCUUCCCCAUCUUAUUCCAGUUAAGGUUUAGAGGGUUCACCAAAAUCAAAUUUCUAGCCUAGAGGGUGAUAAGAUUUUCCAGACCAAGCAAAGAAAGUCCUCACCCCAUUACUGGUGUCCUGUCCCACAACACAUGGUUUUUGGGUGGUGAGUGCUCUCUUGUAUGCACUUACCACCUUGGACAGGAUAAAAAGUUUAAUUUAUAUUCAAGCACAUUUUGUACAUUCUUCCCUUUAUCCAGAGGCUUCUAGUUCUAUGCCAAUGCCACCCACCUAGCUUAUUCUUCCUUUUCUGACCCUUGAUAUUCUCAUGUUCCUUCCCUACAAUUUGACAGAGCUUCAUUUUGUCUUAUUCAACCUUUGUUUUGAAAUAAAACACAAACAUCUA